AUCUCGAAGAGCGAUAACGAGUACAAGAACGCGUGCCUUAUGUGUAGUGUAUAACAGUGUAUAACCUUUGAUUCGAUGGGAUCUGUUCUGUAAUCACAGUGCGCGCAGUCAGUUCUCCGGUCACUGCAGUCGGUGGCUCCACGUGACACCUAAUCCCAGGCCGACCGCCCGCAAGGAGGAUAAUCCCGAAACUGGAGCGAAGUGGAGUGGUGGCAUAACUCGGGCUGAAAAUCAAACCUUCCCGCCCUCCUACCGGUUUGGCGUCCCCCAGCGCAGAAUAACUGACCGCGCAAGUUUUCGGGUUUCAAGCAUACGCCCCAAUAACUGCUGUCGCCCGCAUAACCAGAACCUGAAAGAAAUCCGAACCAGAACAGAACCAGUAGCCGCGCAGCCAUGGCGGAGGGUAAAUCGGAGAAGUCUCCUUUUAUUGGCAAGCAGCAGGUGCCGGUCACGCUGAAUCCUUCGUGGGAGUCCAAGCUGCCGGCCCAUGAGUCCAACGGUAAGGGAUCCACGUCGGUGCUUGGGAAACUGAAUCUGUCCGCGCCCAAGGACAAGUACCUCAUUGUGUUCUUCAUCUUCCUGCUGCACGGCGUGGGCACGCUGAUGCCAUGGAACAUGUUCAUCACGGCCAAGUCCUAUUUCGAAGACUUCAAGUUCGGGCCAAACAACACGGUGGCCACGGACGUCAGCUACCGCACCCAUUUCAUGCAGAACAUGGGCUUCGCCUCGCAGAUCCCCAACCUAAUCUUCAACUGGCUGAACAUCUUCGUCAACUUCGGCGGAGACCUAACCAGCCGCAUCGUGUACAGCAUCAUCUUCGAGAUGGUCAUCCUCCUGGUGACCAUUGUGCUGGCUAUGCUGGACUCUUCUCAGUGGCCUGGUGCCUUCUUCUGGAGCACCAUGGUGUGCAUUGUACUGCUGAACGUGUGCAACGGCAUCUACCAGAACACCAUUUACGGAAUUGUGGCCUCGCUGCCCAUCAAAUACACCGGUGCCGUCGUCCUGGGCUCUAACAUCAGCGGCUGCUUCACCACCGCCAUGGCCCUAAUUUGCUCAGAAAUCUUCACUUCCAAGAGGACGUCGGCCAUCUACUACUUCGUCACGGCCAUCCUUGUGCUCCUCCUCUGCUUCGACACCUAUUUUGCCUUGCCGCUGAAUAAGUUCUUCCGCCACUACGAGACCAUCAGCAAGAGCAGCGAAAAGAAGACGGACUCCAAGCAGCAGCUGAACGUGCCUUACUGGCAGAUCUUCAAAAAGGCCUCGCCGCAGCUCUUCAACAUCUUCCUCACGUUCUUCGUGACGUUGGCCGUUUUUCCGGCGAUUCAGUCGAACGUGCACCGCUCGAAGGAUUUCGUAAUCGGACCGGACUACUUCACGCUGAUCACUUGCUUUGCGACCUUCAACGUGUUCGCCAUGCUGGGCAGUUUGACCACUUCCUGGGUCCAGUGGCCGGGUCCGAGGUUCCUGUGGGUGCCGGUGGUGCUGCGCCUGGUGUUCAUCCCCCUGUUCAUCAUGUGCAACUACGUUCCACCGGACAAGGUGCGUGCAUUGACCGUGUUAAUCGAGAACGAUUGGGUCUACUGGGCAAUCGGAAUCACGAUGGCCUACAGCUCCGGGUACCUCAGCUCUCUGGGCAUGAUGUACGCCCCGCAGACGGUGCAUGCCAAGUACCAGACGACUGCCGGCAUGUACGCAGCUGCCAUGCUGAUCACGGGCAUAUUUUCCGGGGUGAUGUUCUCGUAUCUGGGACCGUAUUUCGUCGUAUAGUCUUUAAGCGUUCGUAUGACACUAACAUUUUACAAUUAUUUCAUUGUUCAUUUUUAACCACAUUUAUGACCCACUUUCAAUUCAGUUUUGGGCUCAAUACCAGUUUAGGGACCUCGCCAGUUGGUUUCGUUUUAACCAAUCAUUUUUGCACGAUAUAUUUAAUAAAGUUUUUCAAUUAACAUUUUAUUACAUGAA